AUGUCACUGUACGUUCUACUAUUGCUAUUCAGCAUCGUUGCUGCCCAAGAGCGGGACAAGUUCUGUAUCCCUCCGAAGACGCCGUUACCACUUCCUGCUUGCACUAGGCAAUGUCUCAUCGGAGCAGGCAAGGUUCUCGAUGGCACCUGCGCCGACAACCUCAGUGGCUUUUGUCAACUUUCCGACGUUGUUUCCACACACUUCAGGAUGUAUGGGCCAUGUCUUCUCGAGGCAUGUCCAAGUGUGACAGACCGACAAGACUAUGUAAAUAUGUUCAAGGCGGUGUGUAAGGGCACGGAUGAGUUUAGAACUUCCACGUUUGGGGAUGACUUCAACUAUAAAGACUUGCUCACGGGGACACCAUCGGGUAGUGUUGCGACAAGUACUGAGGAUUCGACGAGUAGCAGCGUGGCGACGUUAGCGGAUAUACCGACCACCAUUAAGGUAAUCACGGCAGCUACUUCAACAUUGUCAACUAGCCCCUCGACAUCGAGUUCUUCGUCAAGUUCGGAGACGGAAAAGUCAGCAGACGCACCAUCGUCGCCACCAGCCGCUUCAACGCCAGCUGCAGCACCCAGCUCUACAGAUAUGGGGAACCCCACGUCUGCCAUAGUAGCGCCACCUCCAAACGAUUCCGGCCAUGCUCUACCUACAUCACAAGGGCAGAACGGCGUCAAUAUUAAUACCCACGUCAUUGUCGCUACGACCUCCCAAGUCGUAACUCAUUCCGCCACUGCUGCUGGUGCUGGUGCUUCUCCCACCGUGCCUACUCUCAGCACCACCACUAUCGUUGGUAUAGCAGUAGGUGGUACCGUAGGCAUCGCUCUGAUCAUUGGACUCAUAUUCCUCUUCCUGCGCCGUCGCAAACGUCGAGCCUCUCUUGCCUCCUCCGCAGACAUUUGGGAGCCCUCACGCAAGACCAGUCCAAAACCCAAACUUCCGACGAUUGACGACGACUCGCGCUUCGAGCGAUACUCAGAAGUUGGAGCUGGUAAACCAAUGCGUCAACGCUCGAAGGCUGAACUACACAGCGAGAGCGCACCACCACCACCACCUCGUCUCCAGACUGCACAUAAUGGCUAUCCUAACCCGCCAGAAAUGCAUGGUGGAAGUGAUAGUAAGAGCACGCAAUACUACCACCAUGUUCAACGACCAGAAACGCAUCGUCAUAGUAGCAACAUGGACUCUCGGUAUCCUCAGAUGGGCUCCCACGCCGUUACAAAUAUGCCGUCACCAGCGUCACCCGUCUCUACUUCUUCAACAAUGCAAAACUGGCAUGCCAACUCGCCAUCUGGAGUACCUAAAGUCAGACUGAGUAGUGCUGAUCUCCCCAGCGAAGGAAUGAGGAGUCCGGUGAGCGAACUUGGCACUAACGCACCUCUCCGCUCGACACGCUCGGCGGAACUUCAUGGGACGCAUAUAAUCAGUCCGAUCAGUGAGCUUGGAACGGGUUCUUUCCUUAGUGGCGAGAACCAGGCGGCUGAACUGCACACUGAGCCUGUACUGUCGCCGAAGCUUGGACCGAGGGGUGGAGGAGAUAUGACGACUGUUAUUGCGGAGAUAGAGGGGUCGAGUAUGCUGAAAGGGCAUCGAUCUGGAGUUUCAACAAACUUCUAG